AUGAUUAAUAGCACUUGGGCAUUGUCUUCCUUGUUCUCUGAUAUAUCCAUGUUUUUUACUGUAAAUACUCUCACUUUAGAAAUCGUAUCUCCAACCGCACAGAGAGUGCACAUGCUUCUCUCAAGCAUUCUCUUGGUUGAUGAUCAUAAAUGCAGAUUAAUGACAAAGUAUCUUGAAGAGAGCACAGAAGUUGUGUUUGACAAAGCCAACACGGCGAGACUAAAUGACAUUCGUCAAAAAAUUAGCUGCGUUACAAUAAACAAAAUCAAACUAGAACUAUCAAAAUCAAUCAUAUCUGAAAAAUUGACCAAAGAGUGCAAAUUCCUCUUACGCUACAAAUAUCUUCUACAAUGCUAUCAUACACUCACUGCUUUUGAUAUAAUCCUAAUCUGCUUAAUUCCAAGACACUGA